AUGGCCUCGAAAGAGAAGCGCCAGCGUGUUCCACUCUACGGUGCAGUGGCUAUCGGCAGAUAUUUCAAUCACGCCACAGAACAGCUCGAGCUCUACCACGGUAUCAUUGACGUUCGCAAUGACCCCAAGGUCAGGCAGAAAACGGAUGAGGAUGGCUGGCAUACGGCAGAUGAUGUCGUCAUUGAUCGAAUCCUGAAGGAUAUGUUGGGAGACACAGAGGACGUGCUCAAGGAAGUUGCAGCUGAGUGA